GAUCCCGACAUGGAGGAUUGCGAAACGGGCAACAUCACAGCAAGGAACACCGACAAAACAGAGAAUUCCAUAACAGCUUCAACCAACAACUUCAUAUGCGAUUAUAAUGUAAAACUGAAACUCAUUGCUUACAGGGCACACAUUAUUACCAGAUUUUGGAAGUUACACUUCCUCAAAUGAUAGGAUUAUUAAUCUUUUUGUUGGUAAAGAAUAUCCCUUUAUUUACAGAGAUUUUUUUAACUAAAAAACGAGUUCAUUACACUCUUUCCCCCCGUAACCCUUGUUGAAUUCUCUAUUAAUCUCUCGUUUCUCUAGAGUUAUAUAUCCACAUUACUUUUGGAACCGUCAGGGGAAAGAAGAAGAAGAAGAAGAAACUAAGAACAUUAUCUUAAUGGAGCCUCUAGCUUAGCGAAGGAGACCAUUGGUAAUUCCUUAACUUCCUAAUGUUGUUCAAGUGGCCUUUGUUUUGUUUCCGUCCAUGUUCUAGUUCCUCUCCCCCCACGGGCCGUGAAAUACAACAGGAGGAGGCUGCAGGGCCAACAUGUGAAAAUGUUGGAUCCAUUUAUGAUGAUAAAGGUGGCUGCAAAGAUGAAGAAACCAAUUCUUCAGCUAGCCGUAGUCGGAAAAGCUUUUCCAGCUUUGCAAUUGAAAGAGGUUUCUUGAAGUGGGUUCUUCGUUCUAAUGAUAAAGAUAGAGGUUUAUACAGGGAAAGAGAGCCUGUCCAUAAGGGACGAAAAGAUGUCUCUGAUUCACCAAAAAUGGAAAGGGAACCAGAAGCAGCUAAUGUUGUUCAAGAAGCAAAACAUGUGAAGACGGUCAAUUCUAAGGUCAUGGCGGAGGAGAAAAUCAUAAGGCGAUGGAACCCUAGUAAGGGGGCUGGAGACAAUGAGGUGAUGGAGGGGGCUGCUAGCAAUGGUAAGGAAAAUGUAAAGGAGGACAACACAUUAUAUUUUCAAGAACCUCCUAGUUUCAGGAUAUACUGUGUUCAUAAUGUCUCCGUCGAUGGUGAUAGUAAUGGAGGGUGAAAAGAUCUCCUGUAAUUUUUAGAUGCUCAAAUAUUAGAAAAUCAAGGCAAGAUGAUCCUGAACUUUUUUAUUCAUAAUUUUCUGAGAAAUAUAUAUAUCUGCGAACCAUUUUCUUUCCGAGACUUUGGGUUUAUGAGUUUCUUUGUGGAGGGUUCUUGUUGAUAUGAAAACACGGAGCUCCAAUUCUGAAUCUUUAUGGCUAUAUAUAAAUGAUGCACAAAUAUGUGUUCUCAAAAUUAAGCAUGCAAGAAUAAAUGUUAAUGCAUUUUAAUUCUCGAGUUUUUCCUUUCCAAACCAAACACAGGUAGGACUAAUUACCUUCUGGGUUUCCUAAUUAUGUGAUUUGUUUUCUUUUUCAUACAAUUUAUUGAGAUUAAUAGGCUCUCCAGUUAUCUAUUUCAAUAGAAUUAUGCACCUGAUAGUUAACAACAUUGCCCUUUAGCACUGCCGCUAAUAAAGUCAGCUGAAACCAUUCUGAUCUGUAUACAUAGCUGCAAUCCAAUACUUGAAAUGAUUGUCUUUCCUAAUGCAAGACUAAGAGCUUAACCCAACAUUUCUGGCAUUUUGCAUGUAUACGCUUACAGUACUUAAUCACAUCCUUCAAGCCUAAGCAGUGUGUGCAUGUUGUUGAAACGGGUUCUUUGCAGAAUUGAUAUUUACCAUUUCUCUUCUUUGGGCAGGGAUCAGAGAGCCAGGCAGUGGAAAGAAGAAGAAAAGUAAAAUCUAGGACUGCUUUACGAAAUGGUAGACCUGCAGCAAGAAUGAAAAGCUUCCUGCUUCUCUCUUGCAGCUGUCCCAAUCCUUCAACUCCUCAGGAUAAGUGUCCAUAAAUCGGUUGGAUAAGUUGUCUAUCUACAUGAGAUAAAGGCGAUCUUUCAUUCACUGCCUUCGAUUUUUUUCCCUUCGAAUUCUUAAGUUCCAAAGGCAACGUUCUUAUUGGAGAGAGCUCCAUCUUCCCGGCUUUGGGAAGUAAUAUUGGGUAAACAUCAUCAUCUUUGAGCCCCCCUCCCCCAUCCCUCUCUGUAGCUGCAGUUCUGCUUCUGUUUAGAAAAGGGAUUUGGUCAAGUCAGAAUUACUGUUAAUUGACUCUUUUGACCUGUGCGCUCCAUUUGUAAUGUUCAAAGGUUUUCUCUCCGCUGUAUAUAGGACGUUGUGCAAAUAAAUGCAAGUAACGUUUCUGAAAAACAUCUAUGCAGUUCAACUGAUAGAUUUUAGAUUUAUUUCUUAGAGGUUAUUGAUUCGAGUUCCACUAAUCUCAGGAUCAUUGGAGGCUUACAUGAUCGUUAACUUCAGAACCCGUAAGAUUAGUCGAGAUACACGCAUGCUGGCCGAACACCCACAUUAAUUAAAAAAAAAAGCACACAGAAUUCCCCACCUGUA